AAUUACGUUUAAAAAUAGAAUGAUCAUUAUGGCUUUUGACUCAAUUGCAAUUGGUUGGCGAUAUUUAGACGAUAGGCUUACAUCUCUGGUGAUCUAAGUUCAGGUAACUCGCUCUUCCAUAACCACUCAUGCUUGCCGCUGUCUUAACUUCUCUCAUUCCUUUAUCUUCUUCCUUGAACUCAAACCAAAAUCCUUCCAAAACCCUAAGAGGAAAUCCCUCUUUUAACAAAAAUUUUGAAUUCUCUAUCUCGGAAAACCCCAAUAAUGGCCCCAUUAAGAUGCCUACAGCUCCGUGGAUGAAGGCUCCUCUCCUUCUCCAACCCCGUGAAAUGUUAAACCUUUCAAAACCCACCACCAAAAAGGGCUCAAACAGAAAUGCUAAGGCACCUGACAAGGCAUUGUUUGGUAAGGAAAGUGGGGUUAGAGGGAAGAAAGUGACAAAAAAGAUCAUUAGAAACGUGGAAAAGCUACAAAGAAAUGCUGUUUUGGAAGAUACCCAGAUUGGGAUUUGUGAAGAAUUCGAGCUGGGGAAUUGGUUGGAGGAGAUUGGAAGAGAUGGAGAAGCGAAGAAAUAUGAUGCAAAAAUUCCUUGGUUGAGAGAAGAAGAGAAAGUUAUGUUUAGGAGGAUGAAAAAGGAGAAAGUUUUGACUCAAGCUGAGAUUAGUCUUGAUGAGGAUUUGCUUGAGAGAUUGAGAAGGAAGGCUAUGAGGAUGAGGAAAUGGGUUAAGGUGAUGAAAGCUGGUGUAACUCAGGCUGUUGUUGAUGAGAUAAGGUUGGCUUGGGGGAAGAAUGAGCUUGUAAUGGUGAAAUUUGGCGUCCCUUUGUGUAGAAAUAUGGAUAGAGCAAGAGAAAUUGUUGAGAUGAAGACUGGGGGCUUGGUUGUAUGGAGCAAGAAAGAUAUUCUGGUUGUAUACAGAGGUUGGACUUGGAUACAUGGGCUGACUUCAAAAUUUUCUCUAAUGGAGUAUUCAUCAUGUUUUGCCAAUGGUCAAGAAAUAUCUUCAUCUGCAGUCAGUCGCCUUACUUCAGGCAAUACUAUUAAUAUGUCUCAAGAAAAAUCUAAUCUACGUGCUUUGGGGAGAAGUUUGUAUAGAGAAGACAGAGAAAAGGAGUCUACGCCAACCAGCAUCUAUAUCAAAGGAGAUGAAAAUAACCGAACAGUUGUUGGGUCAUUGUAUGAGAGAGAAACUGAUAGAUUAUUGGAUGGUUUAGGACCUCGCUUUAUUGACUGGUGGAUGCGAAAGCCACUACCAGUUGAUGCAGACUUGCUUCCAGAAGUGGUUCCUGGAUUUAGGCCUCCAUUAAGGCUUUCUCCUCCAAACACUAGAUCAAAAUUGAAUGAAGCAGAGUUGACAUAUUUGAGAAAGCUUGCUCAUCCUUUACCUUUUCAUUUUGCUCUUGGGAGGAAUAGGAACCUUGAAGGCUUGGCUGCUGCUAUCUUGAAAUUAUGGGAAAAAAGUCUCAUAGCAAAGAUUGCUAUAAAAUGGGGGAUUCAAAAUAUUGACAAUGAGCAAAUGGCAUAUGAUCUCAAGAAUCUCACGGGAGGAAUUUUGUUAUUACGCAAUAAGUUCCUAAUAAUAUUUUAUAGGGGUAAGGAUUUCCUUCCUCAAGGUGUUGCUAAUUUGGUAGUUGAGAGAGAAAUGGCACUCAGAAGAUGCCAACUUAAUGAAGAAGGUGCUAGAGUGAAAGUGGCUGAAACCUUUCAGGUUGCUGAUGAACCUUUGGCUAAGAGUAGCACUGUAGGAACUUUAUCAGAAUUUCAUGAUAUCCAGGCGAAAUUUGGAGACCUGGAAAAAGAAAAUAAUGAACUUGAACUUCAAUUGGAAGCUCAAAAGGAAAACUUAGAGAGGGAAUUGAGGAACCAAGAACGCAAGCUUUCAAUUCUUAACAUAAAGAUAGAGAAGUCAGCUAAAAAGCUAGCAAAGUUGAAUUCUUCGUGGCAACCUGCUGAGCUGGAUGUGGAUCUUGAAAUAAUUGCUGAGGAGGAGAGAGAAUGCUUGCGGAAGAUAGGACUGAAACUCCAUAGUUGCUUGGUACUUGGUCGGCGUGGGGUCUUUAAUGGCGUCAUAGAAGGAGUACAUCAACAUUGGAAGCACAGAGAAGUUGUCAAGAUAAUCACAAUGCAGAGAGUGUUUGUACGAGUCAUCCAUACUGCAAAAUUGCUUGUAGCAGAGAGUGGUGGGAUUUUGGUUUCAAUUGAGAAGCUAAAAGAUGGCCAUGCUAUAAUCAUAUACCGAGGAAAAAAUUAUCGACGCCCUUUGAAGCUAAUGACUGACAAUCUUCUAACUAAGAGGGAAGCAUUACAAAGGUCUAUCGAAUUGCAGAAAAUUGGAUCAUUGAAGUUUUUUGCUUACCAACGACGACAGGCAAUCUUAGAUUCGGAACUCAAACUGGCAAAAAUGGAGAAAGACUCCUGGAUGAGAUGGUUGCACGUGCUUGUGUGCAUCACUAUAGUAACAGUGUAGCAAGUUAGCCAAGCUCUUGACUGCCCAUCCUGGGGAAAUUCAGACAAGAUUUCUUUCUACUUCUUGUAAGUGUUGAUUCAGACAUUUUAAGCUUGAGAUGGUACACAGAAAAAACAGUUGCAAACACUUAUUCAGGUGAUGAUCUAACACGAUAUCCUGAAUCCAAGGCAGGACUGGUCAGCCCUGAUUAUGCCACGUGUUCCUCAAUGGUGUUACACCUUAUUCCCAUAUAGUCGUGCAGCCAAUUGAUUUUUCUUACUUGGUUGAAGUCACUAAUUAGUCAAUAUCCGGUGCAACUUAUGGACUAGCAGGGGUUGGUGUGCAGGUUUCUAUCUGCAUGGUUCAUGUUGAAAUGCUACAGUUGAGAGGACAGUAUCUCAGUUAUCCAUUCUGGCACUCAAGUACAUUUGUUCCACUUCCAAUCAUGGUAGCCACUGAAUAAUCGUGAUAUAACACCAGAUCCACAAACUGAGCUGAAUCUGACAGUGGACUAUUUGAGAAGCUUUUGGCAUCUCUUAGAUGGCAUGCUUUUGGUGCAGGAGUAGAUUUUCAACAUUUAGUGGCAUUAAGUAGUGAGCUAGAACAAUGAACAACAUUCCUAUUUAGAGAAGCAAUUUCAGGAAUGACACUUCAACUUUCAUCUAGGACAAGAAUUGCACUCCUACUUGGAGAAGCACAUGUGAAGAAAAUUGAUAUCCCAUCUUUAUGCUGUAACAGUUAGCUUCAGUUGCACAUUUCUCGUAUAUUUCUAACUAGUUCAAAGUUAACCUGUUGACAAUCUUGCUAUCGUUUGUUGCCUGCGAAAAACACAAUGCCACUAAAUGACAAUGGUUAAUAAUUAUUUGGAUUAAGUAUAACUAAUUUUGAUGUAAGGGAUACGUCAUUGCCUUGUAGACAGAAUAAUCAGAGCGUAAUUUUCCUGGAUUCUUGGGUCCUCUGCUUACCCGCUAUGUAAAGAUUAAUUUAUGAUUUAGUUAGGUUCAUUUGAUUGGUAUAUGGUUCUGAUGCUUUAAUUAUUCAUGCAAUAUUACUAUUAUUAUUGUUGACUCUGGCAUGACUGUUAUUACGCUUCACAAUUCUAAUCCAUUCCUCAACAUAUUGGAGAAUGUUUGCAUCACAGGAUUAUCACCUUCUGGCCUCAUUUAUUCUUAUUAUGAAAUGAGAAAAAGGGAGAGGGAUGGAAAUUGAAGGAAUAGGUUGAUGAACUAUGAACUUUGAAGUUGCAGAUGAUUCCUGUAGGAAGAUAAAGUGGCUUCUCAAUCUUCCAUUUGGUUGUUAUGAUAUUGGUUUAGUCAGUCUAGUUUGAUAGCUACAAAAAAGAUAUCACAAGAAGAAACUUGGUUUGCAUGAGUGUUUCUGAAUUCAUUUACUAAGAAUAGCUGUUUUAUUAUAGUAGGAAUGUGGCAUUUCUGCCAUAGAUGUAGGCAAUGGCUCUAACAUAUAAGGUGCAUUUCCAUGAGAAGAUGGUCCUUGUAUUGGUUCUUCAUAAUUGAUAUGUUAGUUUGCAAUCACUCUAUCUCCUCUUUGGCUGGAAGUCGUCUUUUACUUAUACAGCUUGCUUUAAAUCUUCUUGAUAAGUUCGUCGAUACAUUUCUGUUUAUGAUCCUUCUAGCAGCUCAAGUAUCAGUAAGAAGCUUGCAUACCUUACUUUUCCAUAUUUUGAUUAAUUGCUCAUAAGAUUCUCAUU